AGGGAGGACUUGGUAGAUCUGCUCAGGAACGGACUCCAAACUCCAGUCGUCUCCUUCCUCCUCCUGGCCCCCACACCUUCAGGACCAACAAGCCCCCUGGUGCCAACAUGGAGGGCGGUGUGGACGGGCCCAUUGGGAUCCCCUUCCCUGACCACAGCAGCGACAUCCUGAGCAGCUUGAACGAGCAGCGGAACCACGGGCUGCUCUGCGACGUGGUGAUCCUGGUGGACGGGCAGGAGUUCCCCACCCACCGCUCCGUCUUGGCCGCCUGCAGCCAGUACUUCAAGAAACUCUUCACCUCCGGGCUGGUGGUCGACCAGCAGAACGUGUACGAAAUAGACUUUGUGAGCGCCGAAGCCCUGGCGGCCCUGCUGGAGUUCGCCUACACCGCCACUCUGACCGUCAGCACUUCAAGCGUUGGCGAGAUCCUCAACGCCGCCAGGCUGCUGGAGAUCCAGGCGGUGAGGGACGUUUGCACGGAUCUCCUGGACCGGAAGAUUCUGGCCAAACACGACCAGAUGGAUACAGUAGAUCAAAUUGAUCAAAGGAACCAUCUCCGAGCAAAAGAAUACCUGGAGUUCUUCCAGAGUAACCCCAUCAACGGCCCGCCGGGCACCAUUCCAUGGACCAACCAAGAGUUGCGGGACCUGCAGAGGCUCGGCUUCCACAGCCAGGAAGACGAGGGCGAGGCGGAGUGCAACGGCAUGGACUUCUACUCCGCGCAGGCCGCCCUCGGCGACAGACCAAAGUCGAAGGACGGCGACCUUGAGAGCAACCACGCCAUGUGGCUGGACCCGGAGGAGGAGGAGGCGGCCCAGGGCGGCCUGUUCCCCCCUCCCCAGAAUGGACAAUUUGGCGUCCGCCACCUGCAGGCAGCAGCGGGGGAGGAGGAGGGAUCGGCUCAGCUGGACCACCAGGAGGCCAGGGACUCCCCCGCCUUUGGCCCCGGGGUAGGGGAGGGCGAGGAGGUGGAUGGCCGCGAAGUGGACACCCUGGCCGCCAGCGCCCUCCUGCAGCAAAUGAUCAAUUCCGUGGGGCGCCAGCCACUGGCCGACGAGGACCGCAAGGAGAGCGACGGGGUCAUGGAUUAUUACUUGAAAUAUUUUAGCACUUCCCAAGAGGGCGGCGACUUUCCGUCCUGGUCCCAGAAAGUGGAGAAGAAGAUCCGAGCGAAAGCAUUCCAGAAGUGCCCCAUCUGCGAGAAGGUGAUCCAAGGGGCCGGCAAGCUUCCACGCCACAUUCGGACCCACACGGGCGAGAAGCCCUACGAAUGUAACAUUUGCAAAGUUCGGUUUACGAGGCAGGACAAGCUGAAGGUGCACAUGAGGAAGCAUACUGGUGAGAAGCCCUACCUGUGCCAGCAAUGUGGGGCGGCCUUCGCCCACAACUACGACCUGAAGAACCACAUGCGUGUCCACACGGGCCUCCGUCCCUACCAGUGCGAAAGCUGCUUCAAGACUUUCGUGCGAUCUGACCACUUGCACCGGCACCUUAAGAAAGACGGCUGCAACGGGAUCCCUUCCAGGCGGGGGCGCAAGCCCCGGGUGAGAGAGGUGGCCAUCGCGCCUGCCCCAGCCGCUCAGCCAGACGAUGCAAGCCUGGCGGGCGGCGAAGAGGCCCCGGACGCUCCCGAGGCCGCCACCCUGCAGGACGGGCUGGACAAGCACUUUGAGGAGAGCACUAGCGCGGACGCGGCGCCAGGAAGUCUGAAUGUAGCGGGGGGUUCGUCUGAGGGCAAAACGCAAGAACUCUCCUAAACCAAAAAAGAAAACAGGUGUCACAAAAUCUAGUUAUAACUUUCCUCCAGUUCCUUUGGAAAAAUAUGGUUUCCUCACCCUUUUUUGAGAAAACAAACUAAUAAUUAGCCUUAUAGGUCUAUAAUAUAUCUCUGUUUUUUGCUCGUCCCCGUAAUAGCCAGUUUAUUGUAACCUCUUGUAGCCAUGGGUUAAUUUUCAGGUUCCCCCCUAACCUUGAAAACAGAUGAGAAAGUGAUCGAUUUUGAGGUGAGGCUGAGAGGGAGAAGAUGCCGCUAAAGUGUGAAAUGAAGCUUCCAAGUGUUCAGUUUGUUAAGUUUUAUAACUAUAUACACACACACACAUUUUGGAGAGUGUAGUCUAUUUUAGCAAAGCAGACUGUUCCAGAAGGACAGAGCCAGGAAGGGCAGCUUCUUGGCACGCUUAGGAAAGUAAGGAAGUUUGGGGAAAGAUUUUACUCCUUUUGUCUCAGACGCCCACCACAAGCCUGAAGUAUUCACUGCAUUUUCCAAGAAAGUCCGUCCCCUUCCUCAGUUCUAAUUAAAUGGUAAGGGUGCUCGAAAAUCAUUUCCAGCAUCUUGUUAAAAAUGCCUGUCACCCAGCCCCUCAGAAGGUCCCCAGGUGGCCCGCUAGCCACCUGUUAUCCAAACUAUUCGGGGUGCAGACUUGCCAGAUAAGUCACAGAGCAGUGGGCAUAUGUGGGUUCAGACUGUGGAGAUGGGAAAGGAAGCACCCUUACAUGUGGGGCAUCCUCCCGAUGUUUUCAGCCAGCUUCUCCAGGUCUUGGCCAGCGUGGCCCAUGCUUGGGGUUAUGGGGUCGCUGUCCAAAACAUCUGGAGGACACCAUUUGCCUGCCCCUGUCUAGGAAUUCAGAGCCCCUGUGGUGGCCUUGGGAAGUGCUCUAGACUGGAAGCUUUGAGCAUGUAGCAGUCCCUCCGUGCCUUCUUGCUGCAGCUCCAGAGUUGCAAACGCGACUUUGAAGCUGGUGGGGGCAAUCUGGGGGCACAGCUUUGCCAGGGAAUAUUGGCAGUGCCUCCCCCUCCAUGCAGGGGUAAAAGACAUGAGCAGCCCAACUCUGCCAUCCAAGUGGUUUGUGGGGUUAGGGGAGCCCAAAAAUCCCACAUCCAAAGGCCUCUGGGCUGCCACACUGGAUGGUACCGCUAGAAGGUCAAGCCAUUUCCUUCAAAGUUAGUCCUACAAAACCAGUCUCUGUGCAAGAGGAUGCUCUCCGGCCCACCCCCCACCCCCACAACUCACAGCACGUGUUUCAUGGCCUCCAAAACUGCUUUGAAACCAUUUGCCUGAAGUAGCUUCCUUCGGGUGACACAGGUCACAGGGCUGGUUCGAGGACUCACUCUGGAGACCUGCUGCUUGGUGGAUGAAUUUCACCUCCUUCCUGUCCUGAGGUAGCCUAGGGGCUAUCAAAUGCAGCCAAACUCAGGGAGCUGCCAUGCAAAACUGUUCAGAUUAAACCAUUUUUGGGGCUGCCCUAAAAGAGGAUGGUUUGGUUCCAGCCAAUUGAAGGGCGUCUUCUUCCAUGCAGAGAACUCAAAAGGAAUUUGUUUUGGAGAAAGUACAUGUCUAGGUGGGUAGAAAAGUCCCAGCCUUAAAGAAAUUACCUAAGCCGUUAGGGUAUGUCUGCCCUCCUGAGAAGGGAGCUUGCAAAUUGCCGUAAAGUCUUCCCGGCCCGCGCUGGCUUUCGUGAAGGCUGAGUUUGGCUCAGAGCUCUCCAGGACGCUCGCUCCGCACUGUGCAGCCUUGUGGAAUGGAGCCCCCAAGAGGAAACUUCCAAAGGGUGAGCUGUCCCCGUUGGGCUGCAGUCCCUCCUCUGGGGUGGGGGAUUUGACUCUCGGGAGCACUUCAGGCUUCACCCCAGAUGGGAGCAUCUGCGGAAGGCUUAUCCUCAGAUGGUCAAACAGCAUCUGGGUGGGAUGAGCUGGGAAAGCAAAAAGGCGGUAGCAGUGAGCAACCCCAACCAGCCUCCGUGGCCCUUCCCUUCUCCCUCUCCCUGGCCCCAGUGUCCCAUGAGUUGGUCCUAGCUUAGCCUUCCAGAGCAAAGGUGGGUGUUUUUUCAAAGAGUGCCCCAAAUUCUUAAGGCGUCGUUGCCUCCAUGGAAGGGUGUGGGCUUGGCGCAUGGAGAGCUUUGUGAUCCACAUUCUCUCCUGUGGCAGCCCAGAGAGCCACCCCCACCCCCCACAUGGAAGUAGCAAUCCAGAGAAAGCAACUGUUAGCCAAGGUUAUCGGAAGAGCCCAGUCCCCUCCUGAGCUUAAAAAAAAAAUAAUAAAAGGACACCUUUUAGCCAUUUCAGGAUUUUAUAAAUGCACAUUUUAAAAAUGAUAAAAAGAGAGAAAGAUUUAGUAGUUGUUGUUUUGCAAGCACUUUUAAAUUUUUUUUAAUUUAAAUAUUAAAAAAGGCAAACUGGCUGAAUGCAAUUGAGCAGGGAGUGUGUGUGUUUUGUGAGGGAGCGAAAAUGAUGGGGGUUGGGUGGGAAGAGAUGGAUGCUUUAUUUAAUGCAGAAAAAAGCAAUAAAAAACCACAAAAAAUAAGAUUAGAAACAAAGAAGUCUUAGCACUUUGAAAUGGAACGGGUACUUUGAAAUCACUUUAUCUUAAUUUAAAAGAUAUAUAUAUAUAUAUAUAUAUAUAUAUAUUAAAAAAAGAAAGAACCGAAUAUGUUUACACGUUGAAACCAUCUUUUACGGAAAGAAAUUUAUUGUUGCUUUAUUGUUUUUAUUAAAAUAAUUCCUAAAAUUGAAUUUAUUUUUGUAAGAGAAAAAAAACACAAAUAUGUAUAUAGAUAUCUAUAUAUUUGAGAGAAAGAGAGGAAAAAAACCUUAAAUGGAACCCUCCAUUUUGGUUUGCAGAUUACUUCAGAAACAAACAAAACAGACAAAAACACAGGGAGGAUCGGAGCUAAUUAGAUUCUGUGACACAGCAAAAUUUAGAAAGAAAAAAAACACCCUCGGAAGUGAUUUGCACUUCAGAAAACAUAAAAUAUAAAAAAAGGAAGCUUGAAUUUUUAAGCAGGAAUCAUGGGGUUAUUUUGUGUAUGGUUUAUUUCCCCCCAGUUCUGUUAUUGUUUUUCUUGGUUCUUGUUUUUCCAUGUGUUAGACAAACAGUGCAGGCCUGCGUGUUUCCCACCCUCCAGACACACCUUCAGUCCCGGGACCACCUCCAUCACAGACCGCCUCACACCUUGGGUCUCCAUCACCUCCCACCCCAGGGGUGGUGCAACUCCACUUCCACCCAAGACUCAAACCUGAAAUGUAAAACGGGCUUUGAGGCAUGGCUUGCAUCUGGUUUCGCUUUUGGGCACCUUCCAUUGCCGGUUCCGUUUCUUGUUUUUAAGCCGACUGGACGCUUCUUGCAUUUCCAGCUCGUGUUGGAGACAUUUUCUCCCCUCCAGCUUUUCUCCUGACCCUCCGAUUCUUUAUUGCGCAAUAAUGAUGAUUUUCAAAGCCAGAAACAAGAAGUCUCUGUGGCAGUUUCCCUGUGGCCAGGAGGAACCCUGGGGCAACAAUUGCUUACCCCGCUGCACGCAUUUUAAAGCUGUGCUUCUAGCUAAAAAGAAAAAAAAAAAAGAGGACUUUUUCUGAAAGGAAUCAGUGAAUUUGGUUGACAGAAUUGCUCAUCUUCCCAGCCCCUUUUUGACCUUCCUGCCUUCAUCAGCAUAGAGAGCUGAAGGAGGUCCCGGACACUUAGAAGGAUGUGGAACGCCCCCCCCCCCUCGGCUUAGCACUGACUUAAGCAAUUGCAUAUGCAAAAACUAGUGUGGACUUUGUACAUAGAUAGUUAAAUGAGAUUCUUUAUUGUAACCAAAAGUUGUGGUAUCUCUUCCAGUUUGUUUAAUGCCUCUGCCUCCACAACUGUUCAUGUUUUGUGUGCAUCUCUCUCUCUCAAUCUCUCUCCCCCCUCCCUUCCCCCUUCCCUCCCCUUCCCCUUUCUCUCAAAGCCACCUAGCAGCCCUUUAAAAAGACAGGAAGAUUCUCUUGCAGGCCUGCUGCCUUCGCAGUGAGCCAUGGUGCAAAAUUGAGCUUAUUUUCAUCUUUCGUUCUUCAGCGUUAGGGGGUUGUCUUCUUAUUGUGUGAGCAAGAGCAAGUCCGAACACUGCAAACUUGGUAAGAAAUCACAGCGGACUACAUCCAGCCCGUCUGUGCUCUCCUUUGCCUCCCCUGCCCAUAGCUACGCAAUCCACCUGUCCUCCCAGAGGGAGCUGGUCCUCUCACCAAGCAGCCGCACGAGACAGAGUGGGAGUAGAGGACUGUGUCUGUGGGAGGGUGCAAACCAGUUUGGCCAUUGUUGGAUCUUCUUGUGGGCCCCAAAGGGGUUCCCAUCCAGGGUGAUUUGCUGACUCUCAGCCACCAGUCGAGGCUGCCCUGAAUCGAGGCCCUCCACUGUGUCAGUAGGACAAACCGCAGCCCACCUGGCCACAAGCCCCUGUGCCCACUCACCUUCCUAUCCCUCCCUGUUUCCCCUCUUGAGCAUUUCUCUGUAUCGUGUCAGUCCCUGCAGGGCUUUCUGGCUGAUCCAGGGCGCCUGCACACACCACACCUGUCCUACGGAGCUUUAAGCUGGUUUUGCAUCAUCCAAGGGAAUCCCAGGAAAUGCAAAGAGCCCCCCAGGAAAGGCGGAAAGGGGCACUCACAAGGGUGAGCGCUGGGCACCGUUCCCGAACUAUGGUUCCCGACAACCCUGGGGAAGCCAUAAGUGGUACAAAACCAACCUAAAUUCUAAGGCAACUUUGACCCAGCCCCUCUCCCCCACCUUCUGUUUCUGGUCAGAGAUACCGCAUCUUGUCUGUAAUAUUCCCCCCAUUGGAGGGUUGAGGGUGGGGACUGGCAUCCAGUGCGUGAUUCUUGGAGCGGGGCUAAAGCUCCGAGCAUCUGUGUGUGGGCAACACUUUAACACAAGCCUUUGAUGCGUUUGCACUAAAACAAAAGUGAGCAAAAAUGGUGUACCUUCUCCGUGUAGAGAGGCCGUCACGUCACGAGACAUUUUGCCUUAACCUUCUUAAUCCCCCUUUGUACAAGUGAUGAACGAAAGACGAAAUCUCUCGCAUGCGGGGGUUCCCUUCCUCAAAUCACAUACUGUAUAUAAGGAUUUUGAUUUUAUUUUUUAAAUUAUUAUUUUAUUUUGUAUAAAAAUAAAAUAAUAUGCAGGUUGUGAUAAAGUGUUGCCAAAGAAACUGUUGAUUUUUACCACAUUUCAGGAAGAAAAAGAAGAAAAAAAAGCUUCUAAAUGAUGUUGUCGCAGCAAGAACAAUAGAAACAAAUGUAUUUCCCUUACUGACUUUAAAAAAGGACACAAAAGUUUGAUCCCCAAAACGGUCAGCAGUGUAAUUUCAGUCAAUGGUUGAAGCUGUUCUUGUCCGGGUCUGUGUGUCUUCUACGUCGGUUUCUCUUGCACCUUUUUUUUGAGCGGGGGGUUUGAGGGGUUGCUUUUUCCACCAUCCUUGUGCCAUUGGAGAUUCAAGAAAUGUUGCAGGUGAGAGACAUCCCUUGGAGGCUGGACUGGGGGUUACAAAUGGAGUGAGAGGGAUUUUAUUGGAAAAUAAGCUGAGUUGUACCAGAAACUGUUUGGCCCUCAGUGCUCAGCAAGGUUUGAUCUAAAAAUCAAAAGGCGCUACGUGGGACGGAGGAGAUGGGCAACAUUUCCCAUUACCUGGUUGAGCCCCUGACCUAGAAGGACACACAAACUCUCUCGUUACCUUUGAUCCUGUGACUGACCUUUCUGUUUGCACCUUUUCCCAAAAGCAGCUUCCUCUGAGGGGCCUUCUGCCAUUGCAGAAAGGGGUUUGAGGUUUAGGGAGGCAGUUGCGGGCAGGCAAGGCGGCGUGGCACCGAAGACGGCUGGAAGCUGCACAGUGCCAUGCGUGUCCGCACAGCACAGGUGCCCUGCGCUCUGCUCUUGCUUGUCUCCGAGUCGGCGUAUGGCUUCCUGGCUGACUCUUUGUUUGCAGGGUCCCCAUGGCAAGGCAUGGGGGCGGCUGCUGGCAAGGGCAUCUUCUCAUAUCCAAGGGCGAAGGGUGGACCGCAGGUUUUUGUUGUGACAGUGGAGUGUACGCUAUGCUUCCUGCUCCAACGAUGGCCUCCUUCCACGCAUGCGGACAUGUGGUUUUAGUGGGCCAGGCCCACCCGAUCGCUGUCUCCCCCACUGCCCCCCAGUGUUGGAUCAUCAGAGACCCUUGAAUUCCACGGAACUUGGAUCUUCCACAUUCCCUCUUUCCAAGAGAGCCAACACUGGCGGGAAUUCUUGAUCUAAAGGUAGAAGAUGAGAAAGGGGCCAGGUUGUCAUCCAGAGUUUGUUCCUGUGCAUUACAAGCAGAUUCUCAAACCGAGCCGUGUGGCUGGCCAGUUCCUCUGACCCACUGCUUGGCUGCGCCUUGAAGCUUUAGAAGAGAGGCCUUGCUCUGGACUGCGCUUGCACCGGUACCACUUUAUCCACAACCCAAGCCCACGAAAAAGCCUUAAGCAUAAGAAGACGGCGACACUGCUUUUUCAGGAUAUUACGGACUUUCCUUCUUUGCACUAAUGCUGACCCAUUGGAUUGGGGAGAAUCUCUUGCACUUUUUUUUAGAAUGAGCUGGAGGCGCUUUGCCUGGGCAAAAUAAAGACAGGGAAGGUUGCAAGCCGCACGCGGAUGUAUAGAAAGGGAUCUUUCUCUGCUCAAAGGGGCUUCCUUCGUUCCUUCUCUUUUUAAACUCCCCUUUGGAACUGAUUCUCUUUGUUCUCCCUUUGCUCUCCACUCAAGUUGGCUGGGGCAAAAUCCAUGGUAGGUUUUUCACCACUGGAGGGGACAGGUCUUUCUGAUCUAGGCUUUGUUUGAGCUUUCAUCCCACCUUUCGUGCAACUUCCUGACAUCAUCCAGAAAAGCAUGGUGCAAUUCUUCAGCGUCUGCAGAAUUCUGUCCUGUCACAUGUAAUGCAAGCCAUUGUUAAUUCGAUUCUCUUGAUGCACCCAAAGUUUUAAAGUUUUUUCUGGUCACCCAUGUCCACCUCUCCAACUCAAGCAGUCUAACUCUGCUAUUUAAAAUUUUACUAUAGAGAUCUAUUUAUAUUUUCAGCAAAUGUCAGAAUUUUUAUUUAAGUUAAGAGGAACACUUACUGUGUUGUUUAGCAGGGAUGGAAUGUUUUGUUUAUAUAUAUAUAUAUAUAUGUAUGUAUGUGUGUGUGUGUGUGUGUGUGUGUGUAUAUAUAUAUAUAUGAAUGAAUGAACAUUCUGUUAGUUGUCCAUUUGAGAUUCGUUCCUUAGAUUUUUAAAGUAUCCCUUUUGUCUUAUGGAGAAUGUUAACACAAUGCUUUACUGAAGCUUUGUUUUCUGAAAAGAAUAUAUAUAUAUGGUAUAUGAAAAUAUAGAUGUACAAAGAGGGUUUAAAAUUUAUUCUGGGAGUGGGUCUUGCAAACUCUCUUGUCCCCUCGAUCAGAAACCAAUUUUUUUCUGAUACAAGGAAGAUAAAGGAGAAAUUAUGUCAGAUGGGACACUUUUCCUACAUCAUAUUAUCCAUACUUGAUAUUGUUAAUUGUUCUAUAAAGAGAAUAAUCUAUCCAGAACACUCUAAAAAUUCAUCUUAAAAAAAAGACAACACAAAAACAAACCUUAAAUGACUAAUUUACUGUUGUUACGUGUGGUGAGCAAAAGCACAGAAAAGACAUUCCAUAGAUUGUAUGUUUGAUAAUUCUUUAUUUAGGGGUUUUAAAAAAAGAGAGGUUUGGGAGACAAGUACAGAAUAUAAAAUAUAAAAAUAUAUAAUAUAAAAUGCACUUUUGCGGGGAGGGGCUUAAAAAUAAAAUAAACAUAUAUAUAAUUUGAAUGAUGAAACUGCUCCUUCAUUCUUGUAUAUAAGACCCACUUUUAAAAAGUAACUUGAUUGUCAUAAUGUUGAUAGCAUAUUUUUCUCAUUUUAGUAUAGUUUAGUUGUUCUCUUAAAGCUCAAAGAAUUGGAUGUUCUGAGCUGCUUUGGGGAUGAACCCCCAUAGAUGAGACUGCCCAGUGGGGAAGUUGAACAGUUUUCUUCCAAGCCUUCAUGUCAGUUCACGAAUCACUUUUGCAAGGCUGCACCUUGCGAGAGUCCUUUAGAAAGCAGCACUCUGCACUCCUUGGAGGUGGGCAGCUGGUCAUGUGCCCUCCAGUGGAUCUGGACCAAAGUCUGUAGAUGUGGCAAAAGUUGACCAUUUCCCUUUGCAUAGGUCAACUUUUCGCACUGAUCCCCAUGAGGCAUCCUCUGGAAAGAAAGCUGACCAGAUCCAGCUAAAAUCUGUGCAGAAAAGUGCUUUGGGUAAGACCUGAGCAAACUGAUUUCAAAAGAAAUCACACAGUAGAUGCCUUCCAGGUGUCCAAAGUGUAUUUCUGAGGAUUCUGGAGGGGCGGCAAGGCAAGCGGAUGCUCAGCCGGUCCAAGAUCAGAUCUGUGUACUCUGGGUUUGGGUUGGUACACCAACACAACUGGCAGCAAGAGUUGGGUGAUCCUAACAGAACUGCAGCACAUGAAUGCGUUUAGAAGUAAGGGUUUAAAACAAGACAUGACUUUCAGCUCAUUUCUAAAUUAGGUACUUGAAGACUGGCUGCAUCUGUCAUUCCAAGAACACAGCCAGGCUAGGAUCACAGGAAGGAAUCCUCAUUCAGUUUUCCUGCCAAAAAUCGCUCCCUUCCCAAAGCCAUUUGCCCCAAUUUUUAAAAUCAUUCAUUACUUUGAAAAUGAAAUUACAAAUGCCUUAUUCAUUCUAAGCUGAGGUGACGUGUCGGGGGGGGGGUGUGUGACAUGAUUUCCCCCCCCCUGUGGUUGCUUUUACAAAAGGAAGACCGAUAGCCAGCCCUCACCAUUUUCUUACUUAAGUGUGCAUUUAAAGCUGCUUCUGGAUUGACUCUCAGUUCCAUUGGCCUCCCUGUUUUGUUUUAUUAAUUUGAAAACAGACAGGUUUCUGGGACAUGGACCUGUUGCAAACCUUUUGCAGCCAAAAUCCUAGUUCUUGUGACUGGGAGGACACCAUGUCAUGUCAGACCUGUGGCUAAGGUUGUGUGGUCAGGCCUUGGGCUUCUGGUGGCAGCAAGGCAUGGGGUCUCCUCCUAAGGCAGAGCAGUGAGAAAUGCCCACUGCACCUGCAGGCCAGUGCACCCUUGCAUGCGAGUAAGUCCCCUCCAGUUCAGCAGGACGUCACUGCUGUGCAGAUGUGCAUAGGCCUGGGUUGCCCACCGUGGCCUCCGCCCUAUUUGCUGUGCUCCCUUGCUGGCAGCCUUGCUCAACAACGCCUGUUGCAGUCCCACACGUGGGACUCCAGACCCCAUCACCACGAUUCUCCUUUUCUGGAGUGCUCUGAAGAGCAGCUCUCCAGCGCUUUCAGCAUGGACAAUGCCGGCAUGCAGGUUUGAGGGAAGAGAGUAAGAAUGCAGCACCCGUUGCUUCACUCAGCUCACAGUCAUAGGGUGGUCUUUCCCUCCUUGGCCCAGUCCACGCCAUCCACAAUUACACCACCUCUUCCAAUUCAUCCUCAGUUACCCAAGUCUCUGGAACAGAAUUGUGCUGGAGGAGGAAGCUUUGAUUUUGGCCUGGCUCCUAGCCAGACCGUGAGUCAUUGACUAGCCCUCUGCUGUCCUCCUCCUCCUCUGGGAAAAUAACUUCCUAACCUGGAAAAACUCUUGCCAAAAAUCUUAGCUCCUAAGCGAGCUAUUAGGUUUUCCCAUGUGCCCCUGUGAGCAGCACGGGGAAGAUGGAAGCCAUGUUCUCCCAAUUCUGGGAUGCCUCGCAACUUUGCUCCAGCUUGGUCUUGCUCUGCUCAGUCAGGUUUCUUCUGGAAACGCAUUGACCUUUCUUCAUGGCGGUGCUAUUUGUCUGCUACACUUCUUCCUACUUUUGAGCUGAUUUGAUUGCUUGGUGGCCGCAGCCCAAUGAACCCCAUGUUCUCCAGUACCAUUCCAGCCCAGGGGACUCUUCAAGCGAGGCAGAUACACAGCACUCCAGCCUUAGCUAGCAGUUAAGAGAUGCAAGCCAAAGCGUGAUCCAAAACCGUGUGCACAGAGCAGCGUUUGUGUGCUCGUGGGCUUUGUGAGGGGUGCAGAUACCCUUUCCUUAAAAAGCUUUCCUGAGAAAGGAUUGCAAAAAAGGUGCCUUCACAUUCAGGGUUAGAGAAGGAUUGAUGGAUUGGUGGAAGGGAGAUGGGGUAGAGUAAUCUUCACUCUACCAGUGGAAUUCUGCAGUGGCUUUGGACUACAGUUCCCAUCAGCCCUAGCCAGCAUGGAUAAGGCAUGGUAGUUUUAGGCCAAAUCAUCCAGAAAAAUGUGAGUGGCUGUCUCUUGAACUGUGUGGAUUGACAACAAUUCUGUUGAAAGUGACUUAAGCAGGGCUUCUCCCCAGUUCUCCUCAAGGGUUGGGUUCUUUCUUCUUAAUGAUUCCACUACCUGGACCAGCCAUCCAAGCAACUUUUGCAUCUCCACAGCCGUAACAAUUGUCACGGCUUCUUUUCUGCCACUCUGACGGAUUCACAGGAAACCAGUUGCAGAGCAAAGCUUGGGAGCUGGGGGCACCGUGUUCGUUCUCCAAAGUUAGACUUGCCCCAAAAUCAGUUCCGUGCAGGUUUGUCCUGCAUCUUGAUUCUUUCGCCAAACGGCCGCUCUCGGGGGAGUUCUUUGCUCACAAGUGGGGCAAUUUGGCAAGCUUGAAACUGGUGUGAAAAGUUAUCCCUACCCCCACACCUCCAGGCUGGCCUUCUUGGAGAAUGCUACAGGUGUCCCCAAAAUGUUGCUGUUCCAGAGGGAAAAUGACGCCUUAGCUGCACCCCUUUUUUCUGCCCAAAGACCCCCCCUUCCAAUAAUCCAGCACCAAUAACUUAUACAGCAAAUAUCUAAGAGCUUUUUGUUUUUAGUGUUUGCAAACUUGGCCAUUCCUUUCAGGGGUACGUGAAGGUUUUCUCAUCCAAGAUUUCUCCUUUCCCCUGAAAAAGUUUUUUAAAAAUUAAAAAACGCAAAGACGCAUUCGGAGAAGAUGGCUAUCUUGCUGUGCUCUGUCAUCUCCUUUUUCUGCAAACAUUUAUGUUGGAACAGUUUCCUCUCUUGGCCCCACAAUACACAUUUCACUGCAAUUAUUUUAUAAGGUUGUCCCUUCAAUCUUCCCAUAUGGGGUGAUGAGUCCUCUAAAGCCAAGAACUUGGGCAGGUAUUUUUUUACUGCCUCUGCUGGGAAAUGUGGACAUCUUUCUUAAGAGUUUCUUCUUCCUCCCUUUUCCCCCUAAAUCAGCAACAGGUAUUUCCUGACAGCUCUUUGAAAACAUCCCCCCACCCCGCUUUGACAGAUGUAGAUCCAGGAAGAAAUGAGGAGCUGAGAGGCUUUAGGGUUCUCAUGCCGAUUUUUCUAAAUUUGGGGGAGGGGGACACAUGUUGCGGUAUACAACACUAACUUCAGGCUCAGGGUUGAGAGAAGAAAAGGCUUCUCUUUCCCUAGAUAUUUUGCAUCUGUUUAAGAAAAAGAGUGAAAAUUCACACACAAAAGGAAAAAGAAGUUACAUUUGAUUUUCUUCUCUUGUUCAGGAUUGGUUGUUGACUAAAAUCAAAUCAAUUGUAUGUUCCUUUUUCCAUAUAUUGUACUGUAAUAGAGAACUGUUAAUUUUUUGCACUAAUAGAUUUCUUUUCUCUCAAA